AUGGUGACUGGCUUGGUAGAGAGAUACAGAAACUCCAAUGUACCUCCACCAAAACUUCUGUACGUGAAUCGAGAUUCCUAUUCUACAAAGUUAAAGAGCCAUUUCCAUGAGUGGAGCAAUCUGGUCAUACGUCUCGAUGUAUGGCAUUUUAUGAGACGGUUUGCUGCUGGUUGCUGUUCAGAAUCCCAUGCCCUGUAUGCUACCUUUAUGUCUCGACUAUCUGCAUGUGUGUUUGAGUGGGAUACCAAAGACCUUCAAAGAUUAUAUGCAGCCAAAAGGGGUCAACUCUCUUCCAGUGAGGUGUGGAUAUUACUAUGCAUAUUACUAAGAAAGAACUGGCCUUGCACAGCCACUGCAAACGACGCACACGGGGAGUGGAGGAAACAACUCGUCUCAUCAAAGAUCUAA